AUGGCGGCGCGCGAUCGACAACUGACCAGCCCACAGGGGCUCUCCCUCAUCGGGAAGCUGAGGCUGCUGUUCAAGUUCCUAUUCCUAGCACCCCCUCAACUCCUCCUCAACAUCCUCCGCUGCUAUACGCUCGCUCUCCGCCGCGGCAUCUCCCUCCGUUUCUGGCUGAAAUGUGCCUACUUCCGCCUCGGCUUCGGCCUGCUCUCCCCGCGCGAGCUCCAGUUCAUCCAGCCGUCGACCGCGGCCAUGUACCAGUCUUGGUUGCGUCGGGCGCAGAGUAAAGCCCUGGCUGCUAGCAGGAGUGGGAAGGAUAGCGACGAGAAGAAGGCACAGGCUGUGUUUUUGGCUUCAAGAUUGGCGGUUGAUAUUGAGAUCCUGCCUGACGGGAAGAGUUCGCUUUUGUGGAUUGGCGAUCGCAAGAGGGCAAAGAAGUUUGUCUUGUUUUUUCAUGGAGGCGGGUAUGUCGUGCCCGCGAUUAGGGGACACUUUGAGUGGUGUGCCAGGGCAUACUUGCUAUCAUCGCAAAACGUGAAGUCGGGGGGGGCUGAGGAGGGGGAGGAGAUUGCGGUUGCGUUCUUGCAAUACGCUCUCUCCCCCGACGCGACGUAUCCCAUGCAACUGCAGCAAGCCGUGGAUGCGUUGUUCCAUAUAUUGAGGAUGGGAACGUCUCCCAUGAAUUUAAUUAUCGGAGGCGACUCGGCAGGAGGGAAUCUAGUGGCACAACUACUCAGCCAUAUCCUUCACCCACACCCCGAAGUCAAGGGCGUCACGAUCCCCGAGCCGCUGGCCGGCGCAUUUUUGGUUUCACCGUGGUUAAGCGCAAAGACGCAUUGGUUCGGAUACAAGAGGAACGGGGGAAUCGAUAUGUUUGACAAGAACAUGAUCAUCACACACGCGCCAGGAGUUUUGGGGGAUGUUGCUAAAUACGAUGCUGAGAUGGCGGCGGGCAAGGGAUGGUCGUUCCCGAUGGACUUACCCAAUGUUGAGGGGUGGUUUGCUGGGCUCGAAACGGUGGUCAGGAAUGUGUAUAUCACGGCGGGAGAGCAGGAGUGUUUCGUGGAUCAGUGUGUCGGGUUUGCGGAGGCUGUGAAGCACGGGAAUCCUGGGAUGCCGGUUAGGUUGGAGGUGAGCAGGAAUGAGGCUCAUGACUGGAUCUUGAUGGAGGCUGAGCACGGUGUGGAAGGUGAUGCUACCAAGAGGAUGAAGGCCUGGAUUAGGGAGGCGUUCUGGCCACAAUCAUCAUCGUAG